ACCAUCAAGAGCUGAAGAUGCGUCACCGAUGGUAAUUAACGUGUUAUGGCACGGUACAUUUAAGGUCCCCCGAGUGAUUUCCCGUUUUCACAGUCAGCGGCACAACCGGCUCGAAGUCAUUGCUGCCAUGGCUUUACGACCUGUCAUCCUUCUUCUGCUGACAGUAGGAUCACAAUAUCAACAAAGUAUUGUCUCUGCUGGCAGAAGGGCAUCAAGACAGACAGUAAGCUUCCAAGCGGACAUGUACGUCUUGGGAUCGCACCUUGGAGAGCCUGUUCUCGUUGGAACUUCCAAGACUGACAGAGGGUUGCUGAACUGUCAAAUUGCGACAGGAAGGAAAGAAGUCAAUCGUGCUCUAAAAGCAAUUUCCGCGACAGCAUUAAGGACAGUCGCAGCUGGCGAUGUUGUGAGGAUUGACUUGAGUCUGUGCGCAAAUCUGAACCUUCACGCCCUUGCCGACCGACUGAAGCUCCCAAGGGACUCUGGUGCUGUUUACUUGGAUGUGCUCAGAUCGGUCAUUCCUUCCCCCAGACAGGUGCAUCCAGGGGAUAAUGCUGUGUACCUUCAGAACACUACAUUCUACGACUCUCUCCUCGACCCCUGUUCUCCUCGUUCGUUUCUACUUUCCGUACCCCUUGGAUCAUAUAGGUCUAAUUUGAGAUAUGAGGAGGUGAAAAUCAUCUUCGGCCGAACCGACGUGAUCCUAAGUGCCGGCGUCUCUGUGAGAUUGCACCUACCCCUGAAUUGCAGUCAUAUCGUUAACGUCAUGGAGCUGCCAGCGCUUACUGAUCUACACAGAGUUUCGAAACACACGACUGCGAUAUCCUGGAUGUACAGAUAUUUGCUAAUACACGCUGCGCUGGCGGCGAGCAUGAACCUGGAUGCGAAGAGAUUCAACGCGUCUAAGUGUUCAGAUUACCGCAACACACACGAAUUGCAAAAUUCGAUUUCAGCAUUCUCAGCUGGCUUCAAAGAUCUCCUGUGCAUCGUCAAGUAUGUGUCGAGGGUACUCGGCGACAGUUGUUUGUUCGACCAAUGGGAAUGGGAGUGGAGAUGGUGGAAAGUUUGGAAUGAGAGCAGCUGUAGUCGAAGAGGAUUCCUGUACUGCGAGAUUACCGCCAGUGGACUCUCCACUCUUAAUCUGAUGAGGAGCUAUCUUCAGUCUUUGAUGCUUCCGUGAUGCGCGAUGCGAAUAAGAGAUAAUAAAAACACUGAGUCCGUUGUAUUCUA